AGGAAUACAUAUUAUUAACAUAAAAGUAAAAUGGUACUAUUGGGACUGAGUGUUGACUCUCGAAAUUUCCACUAAAAAAUCUCAACUUUCCCACAACCAGAUCUUGAAUUCGAACUCUGUAAACAAACAAGUGUCUCUCUGACUGAUUCACAGUUUCGUGAUGUUGGUGCAGAGGAGAGUAAUGAGAUGGAAAAAAAUUUGGAAGUCGUUUCAAGCGGUCUCCGCCAAUGGUUUCAUCUUCUCCUUCACGCUUCUUAUUGCUCUCAAGCUUGAUCAUCUCCUUUCUCACUCAUGGUGGUUUGUAUUUACACCCUUGUGGUGGCUGUGUCAUGCUAUCAUUUCGCGUGGUAGAUGCUCGUUGCCUUCUCCACCGAUGCCUCAUGAUGAGAAUUGGACUCCUUUUCAAUAUGUCAUGGCAACGCCACUGCUUGUUGCUUUUGAGAUCCUUCUCUUUCUACAUCUUGAAGAUAAAUAUGAUGUUGACUUAACGUUUGUCUUCUUACCCUUGCUUUCUUUCGAGGUAGCCAUUUUGGUUGUUAAUCUCAGAAAGUGUUUGACACGCAUGCCUAGAAAUGAGGAAACUAUGAGUGAUGAACCACUUCUCUACACAUGGGUUUCCAUAUGGAUGGUUUCCUUUAUUGCUGCGAUAACCUUCACUCUUGUUAAAUCACGUGCUGCGUUGGAAUUGUGGGACUUAUCUAUAAACUUUGGCAUAGCAGAGUUAUUUGGGUUUCUCUGCGCAAAGUGGAGGAAACGGUCAAUCCAUAGUGAUUCACACAUACCUAGCUCAUCUUCAAUGGGAGUAAGAUAUGGGGAUGAGGACAGCAACAUAGAAUGCGGUCUCCUAGAUAUCGGUGGAUAUGUAAUGAAAAUCCCAUUUAUUACCUUUCAAUUCAUCCUUUUCUUGAGCUUAGAGGGAACACCUGCUUCUCCCAAAAAAAUUCCGGUUUUAGUUCUGUUUGUACCUCUUUUUCUGCUACAAGGAGCUGUGGUGCUUUCUGUUACAUAUAUCUCGUUCUCGAAAUCUGUCUUGUGGAUUUAUAAUGUUGGUGGUCCUUAUGGAAGAUAUUUGGCGAGAUCAUCGGCUCGUGUAUUCCUGAGAUUCUUUCAACAUUGUAAAAGAUUACUUGGCUGUUGGUCUAUCAAUGAAGGAAGUAAGGAGGAACAAGUUAGGCUCCACAGUGGAGAAACUACCGGAUACAACACAUUCUCACCAAAAGCUGCAUUGAGUGAGCAAACAGAUAGCAGCCAGCAGGAGAAGAAUCUUUGCAAAGUUUGCUUUGAGAAUCCGGUCAACAUGGUUCUACUCCCAUGUAAACAUUACGUCCUCUGCAGCACGUGCUGCAAGAAAUGCAAGACAUGUCCGAUAUGUCGUGAAUUGAUUAAGCUCCGUAUGCCUGUAUACGACGCGUAGAGAUUUCAGACGCCCAUGAUGAAAAUGUAUAAUACUUUCGUAUGUCGUGUUUUGAUUAAGCAUCUUGUAAUAAUGAUACUGAUGCAGCGCAUCUUUACACGAUCUCGUCUUUACUGAUUCAGCGCAUCUAAUGCAUUCAGUGUAGUUGUAUUUACUUGUUGGGCUUAUGAUUAGUGUUGGGCUUUAUGAUCUU